AUAAGAAACCCUAGAGAGAAUCGUCUCACCAGCCCUCUUCCUCCCCCUUUCUGCCCCUUUCUCUCUCUCUCUCAAUUUUCUGAAGAAAAGCAACUGGACAAGGGAAAAAGAUCAGAAAACCUCUUCCAUAUUUCGAUUCCCACAUCCUUCCAAACCCUAGAUUGCGGAUCUCUCUCUCUCCCUCUGGUUUCUACCACCAGCAUCACUGCUGUUACCUACAGAGGGGGUUUUGAGCAGCACCCACCUCGUCCGCAGAUGUCUUACCGAGCAGAUCUGCCCGUCUCGGGCGGGAAACACCAAUUGGGGAAGGCGGCCGCCUACUCCAGUAGCGGCGACGCCACCGACCACUUCGACCGCCUUCCAGACUCGCUUCUCCUCCUCAUCUUCAACAAGAUCGGCGAUGUCAAGGCCCUCGGUCGCUGCUGCGUCGUCUCUAAGCGCUUCCAACUUCUCGCCUGCCAGGUCGACAACGUCCUCAUAAAGGUCGACUGCGUGAUCUCCGACGAUGACUCCUCCUGCAUCUCUCCCAAAGGCAAAGGCGUGCUCUCCAACUUGAUAAAGUUCCUCCUCGUUCCUCUCUUCCUCAAGCCCUUCCAGACCUUCACUCAGAUCCUCGCCUCUUCCUCCUCUCCAAAGAAGCCCUCUUCCGCCACAAGCGCUGCUGGCAGCCUAUCCGAGAUCUCCCACCACUCUCCGACGGAGGUGCUCAAGAACUUUAACGAGAUCCAGUCCCUCAGUAUCGUCCUCCCUGGCGGCGAAUUGGGCGUCGAGGAUGGCGUCCUCCUCAAAUGGAAGGCUGAUUUCGGCUCCACCCUUGACAGCUGUGUCAUCCUCGGAGCUUCCUCCUUCUCAUCAUCCUCCUCCAAGAAACUGACCAGCAGGGUUGUCCCGCAAGACGACUCGGGCGAAUCGCCGGUGCCGUCUUCCGACGAUGGUGGCAGCAUCCCAGAGAGUUUCUUCACUAAUGGCGGGCUUAAAUUGAGGGUCGUAUGGACGAUUAGUGCCCUAAUCGCCGCCUCUGCCAGGCAUUUUCUUCUCCAACAGAUCAUCUGCCAGCACCCUACUCUGGAGCGGCUGGUCCUGACGGACUCCGACGGGCAGGGGGUUCUCUGCAUGAACAAGGAGCAGAUGCAGGAAUUGAGGGUGAAGCCGCUGAACGUCUCUGCGUCUUCUAACCGCACGCAGGUCCCUGCGUUGAACAUGAAGCUCUGGUACGCCCCCUAUGUGGAAUUGGCCGGUGGAAUGGUGUUGAAAGGAGCGACUCUUAUGGCCAUCCGUCCGAGCGACCAUGUUGGGAAGGAGAGCGAUGGUUGGAUAUCCAUGGCGUUCGAGGAGCCGUUCCGGACUGCGGCCGCCUCCUUGGCAAAACGCCGGACCUAUUGCUUGGAGAUGAAUUCCUUCUAGAGGCGACGGCGGAAGGCUAAAUUUCCCGUUUUCCAUUUCACGCAACUUUGUAAGCGAGGUGUGGUCUGUGAUUAGGAGGAAACAUGGAAAUCACACCCCACUUCUCCUGAAACAGAAGAAGUAUUAGGAUUUCUCUUGCUUGUUUUGGGAUAGGGAGAAAUUGUAAAAAUUUGGAAUGUAGGUUAUGUGUAGUUUGAUCACCCUCUUAUGAAAGAGCUAACGUUGACCCUUUCUCUCUCUGCA